AUGGGCGCCGCCGGCGGCUACGCCGGCGCGCCGCUGCUGGCGCUGCUCUGCGCCUGCGCGCUGCGGUGCGCGGACGCGAAGACGUGGAGCGCGGCCCCGACGGGGCUCGCGUUCCCGAACGCGACGGGCGUCUGGGAGGACGUCGCCGGCCUGGCCGUGACCGUCCGGGGCGGCGCCGGCGCGCGCCUCCUGCUGUCGCACACGCUCAGCGUCUACGCGGCCUACGACUCGCCCGACGCGAGCUACGUCGCCGAGGGCAGCCUCCAGGUGCGCUUCGUCGUCGACGGCGCGCCGUUGCGCGCCGGCGCGACGCUUCUCGACGCGAACCUCCACAGCGAGGCGCGCGUCAAGGCCGAGGCGGCGCUCGGCCGCGCCGUCGUGACGCUGAACGACGAUCGGGCCAAGGUCGUCAAGGUCCAGUGGAAGGCCGCCGGCGCCGCGGCGUGGCGCAGCGACCCGAGCCUCAAGGAGGGCUUCUCGAGCGGAAGAGUAUUGACGGCGACGGCCCACGAGGCGCUCCACGCCGCCGAGCCCCUGAGCGCCGCGGCGCUCUCGCGGAGCGACUGGGUCGCCGUGAAAGACACGGCCGCGACCUUCGACCUGCCCUACGCGACGGACGUGCGCCUCGGCUACGCCGCGACGUUGAUGGCGACGGCGACGCAGCCGACCUUCGCGAACCCCUUCGACAACGACGACCUCGUCCAGGCGCGGCUCACCGUCGACGGCCAGGCCUACCGGGAGACCGUCGCCGCCGCGUCGUCGCGCGACCGCUACGCGUCGGCCGCGGCGACGCUCGCGCGCGAGGUUUUGGUGCGGCUUCCCGCCGGCGUCCACACCGUCGCCCUCGAGUGGCGCAAGGGCGGGUCCAGCGGGCGCCUCUGGCGCUGCGACCCCGGCGCGGCCGACGGCUUCGCGAACUCGCGGACCGUCUACGCCGCGCCCGUGCAGGAGCGCGGCGCGGACGCGAUUUCCAUACUGCAGAUGGUGUCGACGACCGCUUUACCGGAGGCGACGACGGAGGACUGGGCCACCGUGGAGACGGCGUCCUUCGACGUGCCUGCCGAGGGCGUCGUCGUCGUCGAGUACGCGCUGCCCGUCACCCUUCACGGCCGUCCCGACUUCGACUCCUGGACCUUUGCGUCGUUGCAGACCGUGGAGGCGCGGGUGUUGCUCGACGGCGUGCCCUACCGCGAGGACGGCUCCAUGGUCGGCACGUCCGUCGCGCGGACCUUCGACGAGCUCCGGGGCCAGCUCGCGGCGCCCCUGGCCCCGGGCAGUCACACGGCGACGCUCCAGUGGCGCGCGAACCGGCCCGAGGCCUGGCAGCUCGUGAGCGGCCGGUACGGCGGCCUCGAAGAGUCGCUGGUGACGAUCCUGCUCGACUUCGACCAGGUGCCGUCGCUCGUCGGACCGGCGGCGUUGACCGCGCGCGAGGAUGCCGCGACGCGCGUCGCCGGUUUAGCAAUCGAGGGCGUCACGUUCCUCGACGCCUACGGCGUCCUGAUCGAACUCUUCGCGGACCACGGCGCGGCCGUCUUCGCGGCGACGGGCGAGAGCAACGCGACGGUCUCCGUCCGCGUCGCCAACGAGCUCCUGAGCGACGUCGAAUACCGGCCGGACGCGAACUACCACGGCGACGACGUCCUCGUCGUGCUCCUCGCGUCCACGACGGAGACGAACGCGACGGAUUUGUUGAGAAUCCCCGUCGCCGUCGCGGCGGUCAACGACGGCGCCGUGCUGCAGACGCCGUCCGCGCUGUCCGUCGCGGAGGGGGGACGAGUCUCCCUGGGCGGCGUGUCCUUCGCGGACGUCGACUCCGCGUCCGAUCCGCACCUCGAGUACAAGCUCACGUUCCUCGCGCUCGGCGGCGCCUUCCUGCCCUGCGACGGCGACGACACGGCGCCGUUCCUGGAAGUCGCGGGCACGGCCGCGGACGUCAACGACUGCGUCGCGGCCAUGUACUACGAGCCCUACGAGGGCUUCCGGGGCGCCUACGUGGAGAACAUCACGGUGACGCUCGACGACGCGUCCGGCGGGUCGUCGGCGACGACGAUCCCCGUGACCGUCGACGCGGGCAAGCGCGCGCCCCAGGUCGUCGCGCCGCCGUACUACGAGCUGGCCCUGGGCGGCCUCGUCGUGGACGGCUCCGACGCGGGCGAGCUGGUCACGGUGGCGCUGCGCACGGACGCCGCCGACGCGCUGCUCUCCCUCGGCGACGGUUUCGAACGUUCGGGCGUGUCGAACGUGUCGUACGCGGAGGACGCGAUCACGCUGACGGGGUCGCCCGCGAAUCUGACGGCGGCGCUGGCGAACCUGGGCUACGUCCGCGAGCCGUCCUUCGAGGGGUCGGACACGAUCACGGCGACGGUGACGGGCGCCGACGGGGAAGAAAGACGGACGUCGAUCUCGUUGGAUUUGAGGAGCGGCGACGACGCCGGCGCGCUGGACAUUCUGGGCUUCCCGCGGCCGCGGCGCGGGCCGGCGACGGGCGGCACGCGCGUCCUGCUGGACGUGGCCGGCGCGGGCGCCGCGCCGCUGAGCUGCCAGUUCGGCAACGCGACGGCGCCGGCGGAGCUUUUAUACAACGACACCUACGCGUGCGACGCGCCCGAGGCGUCCCGCGCGGGCUACGCGGCGCUCCGCGUCACGGACGGCGGCUUCUGGUCCGACGAGCGCCAGUUCCUCUACGAGGCGCCGCUGGUCGUGUCGUCGCUCUCCCCGCCCGUCGGCCCCCGGAGCGGCGGCACGACGAUCCUCGUAUUGUUGGAGGAGCCCGGCUGCGUGCCGUCGGACGCGCUGGCGUGCGUCGUCGGCGGGACGCCGACGCCCGCGACCUACGUCAACGCGACGGCACUAAGCUGCGUCGCGCCGCCGUCGGACGUCGAGGGCGCCGCGGGCGUCGCGGUGUCGACGAACGGCGUCGACGUGUCGGCGACGACGCGGUCCUUCGAGUACACGAGGCCCCUCGCGGACUUGGUGCUACGCCCGGCCUUCGGGCCUGUGGCGGGCGGCACGCGCGUCGAGGUGUCGUCGCCCGGCGGCGGCUUCGACGUCGGGCUGCCCUACCUCUGCCGCUUCGGUCUCGACGCGGCGCCGGCGGCGGUCUACGACGCCGCGACGCUGGUCUGCUACGCGCCGCCCCGGUCCGCGGAGACGAACGACACGGUCACCGUGUCCGGCGACGGCGGCAACUCGUUCUCGGGAACCGGCGCGGUCUUCGGCUUUGUGGACGCGCGGCUCGCCGCCGCGGCGCCGAGCUCGGGCCCGCCGGCGGGCGGGACGGUUGUGGUCGUCUCGGGCGCGGGCUUUAUGGCGCUGUCGCGCUACGGCGCCGUGCGGUGCGCCUUCGGGGACGCGCUCGCGGACGCGGUCGUCGUCAACGACGUCGUGCUCAAAUGCGUCGCGCCCGCGGCGCCCGCGGGCGCCGUGGGCCUGAAGCUGAGCGUCGGGGGGCGCGACCCGGCGUCGUCGGGCCGCGCGCUCACCUAUGUCUACGAGGACGACGCGCUCCUGUCCGCGCUCGAGCCCGCGUCGGGCCCGGCGGCGGGCGGCACGGUCGUCGCCGUCUCGGGCCUGAACAUCCCGGACUCGACGGACCUCCGGUGCCGCUUCGGCGCCCUCGACGUCGACGCGCGCUGGGUCUCCUCGACGGAGGCCGAGUGCGUCGCGCCGGCCGCGGCGGCGCCGGGCGCCGUCGCCGUGCGGCUCGGCGUCGCGGACCAGCAGAUGAGCGCGGACGCGCUCGAGUUCGUCUACGCGGCGGCCCUGGAUCUGGCGGCGGCGUCGCCGCUGUCGGGCCCGGCGAACGGCGGCACCGUCGUCGCCAUCGAGGGCUCCGGCUUCCGGUUCUCGACGCUGCUGCACUGCCGCUUCGGCUGGACCGAGGUCGCCGCGACGUUCGUCUCCGAGACGGAGAUCCGCUGCGCGUCGCCGUCCGGCGAGUCCGGGCCCGCGACGCUGUCCGUGAGCAACAACAAGCAGGACUACGUCGACCUCGCGUCGAGCUUCGUCUACGAGGUGUCGCCGGUCGUCGCGUCGAUCGCGCCGGACGUCGGGGCCGUCGCCGGCGGCACCGCGGUGACGAUCCUGGGCUCGGGCUUCGAGGACGUGACGCUGUGCCUCUUCGGCGACGAGGCGAUCCCGGCGACGGUCGCGUCGGCGACGGAGGUGCGCUGCGCGGCCCCGGCGGCCGCGGCCGGCGCCGUGGCCGUCGGCGUGAGCAUCAACGGCGCCGACGCGUACGCGGGCACGUCCCAGUACCGCUACGUGGCCGUGCCGGAGGUGCUGUCCCUGGAGCCGGCGUCGGGCGGCGUCGCCGGCGGCGGGACGGUCAUCGUGCGGGGGCUCAACUUCGCGGACUCGAGCCUGCUGGCGUGCCGCUUCGGGACGGCGACCGCGCCCGCGCGGUGGGUGAACUCGACGGAGCUCGAGUGCGAGGCGCCGGCGGGAGCCGCGGGCGACGUCGCCGUCGAGGUGAGCGUGAACGGCGCCGACUUCACGGACGACGGCGCCACGUUCUCGUACCUGGCGACGGCGGUCGUGAGCGGCGUGUCGCCCGCGUCGGGCCCGUCGACGGGCGGCACGGAGGUGACGGUGACGGGGAGCGACCUCGCGUUCUCGACGACGCUCGCGUGCCGGUUCGCGUUCGUGGAUGUCGCGGCGAGCUUCGUGAGCUCGUCGGAGCUGCGGUGCGUGGCCCCGGCGCACGGGGCCGGGAGCGUGUCGUUCGCGGUCGUCGACGACGGGCGCGUCCUGUACGGCGCGUCGGACGCGUUCGAGUACAAGCCGCUGAUGGUCGUGAGCGGGCUGAGCCCGCCGCGGGGCGGCACCGGCGGCGGGACGGUCGUCGCCGUCGAGGGGUCCGGGUUCCUCGCGUACGCGUCGUCCGUGACGUGCGCGUUCGGCGACGCGCCCGCGGCGUCCGUGGAGGUCGUGUCGGCGACGCUGCUGCGGUGCGUGGCGCCGGCGCACGCGGAGGGGUCCGUCGCCGUGCGCGUGGGCGCGGCCGGGGACGCGGCCGUCGGCGCGGCGAGCGACGCGACCUACGGCUUCGUCGCGGAGCCGGCGGCGAUCUCGGUGCACCCCGGGAGCGGCGCGCGGAGCGGCGGGGAGCCGAUCACGGUGUACGGGUCGAACUUCGUCGACGCGAGCGAGCUGUCGUGCCGCUUCGGGGGCUCGGCGCUGAGCGACGCGCGCUGGGUGUCGGCGACGGAGCUCCUCGAGUGCGAGGCGCCGGCGGGAGCCGCGGGCGACGUCGCCGUCGAGGUGAGCGUGAACGGCGCCGACUUCACGGACGACGGCGCCACGUUCUCGUACCUGGCGACGGCGGUCGUGAGCGGCGUGUCGCCCGCGUCGGGCCCGUCGACAGGCGGCACGGAGGUGACGGUGACGGGGAGCGACCUCGCGUUCUCGACGACGCUCGCGUGCCGGUUCGCGUUCGUGGAUGUCGCGGCGAGCUUCGUGAGCUCGUCGGAGCUGCGGUGCGUGGCCCCGGCGCACGGGGCCGGGAGCGUGUCGUUCGCGGUCGUCGACGACGGGCGCGUCCUGUACGGCGCGUCGGACGCGUUCGAGUACAAGCCGCUGAUGGUCGUGAGCGGGCUGAGCCCGCCGCGGGGCGGCACCGGCGGCGGGACGGUCGUCGCCGUCGAGGGGUCCGGGUUCCUCGCGUACGCGUCGUCCGUGACGUGCGCGUUCGGCGACGCGCCCGCGGCGUCCGUGGAGGUCGUGUCGGCGACGCUGCUGCGGUGCGUGGCGCCGGCGCACGCGGAGGGGUCCGUCGCCGUGCGCGUGGGCGCGGCCGGGGACGCGGCCGUCGGCGCGGCGAGCGACGCGACCUACGGCUUCGUCGCGGAGCCGGCGGCGAUCUCGGUGCACCCCGGGAGCGGCGCGCGGAGCGGCGGGGAGCCGAUCACGGUGUACGGGUCGAACUUCGUCGACGCGAGCGAGCUGUCGUGCCGCUUCGGGGGCUCGGCGCUGAGCGACGCGCGCUGGGUGUCGGCGACGGAGCUCGUCUGCGCGUCGCCGGCGGGCGCGGGGACCGUUCGCGUGGAGGUCACGGUCAACGGGCGGGACUGGGGCGCGUCGAGCGCGUCGUUCGCGUACCUCGCCGGGGACGUCACGUACGCCGUGACGCCCGCGUCCGGCCCCGCGGCCGGCGGCGCGGAGCUCGCGAUCGCCGCGUCGUCGCCGGCCGCGUUCGACGGCGCGGACGCGCGGUGCCGCUUCGGCGUCGUCGACGUCGCCGCGACGCGCGGCGGCGACGGCGCCCUCGCCUGCGUCGCCCCGGCCCUCGACGCCGGGGCCUACGCGUUGACCGUCGUCGUCGAGGACGCGCCGCGCGCGUCGCUGACCUACGAGGCCUUCGACGCGCUCGCCGCGACGUUCGCGCCGCUGCUGGGCCCGACGACGGGGGGCACGGCCGUCGCCGUCGACGCACCGGACGUCGCGGGGCUCUGCUGCUUCUUCGAUGACGUAGCGGCCGCCGUCGACGCGUCUUCAAAGGCGUGCGCCGCGCCGCCGCACUUGGCCGGCGACGUCGUUCUCUCCGUCGCGCCGUGCGCACUGGGCGCGACGGCCGCGACGACGUCGUCGACGGCGACGUACGUCUAUCACGAGCCCGUCGAGGUCUUCAACGUCUUUCCCCGGGUGUUCUCCGCGUCUACGCGCGGGGAGAUUCUCGUCGUCGGCGCGCACUUCGUCGACUCGCCGGCGCUCGCGUGCUCCGUCUACGGCGCGGCGCAAGCCGCGCGCUUCAUCAGCUCGAGCCGCCUCGCCUGCAGCCCGCCGCCGGUCAAGGACCGCGCCUACGUCGCGUCCAUGGCCGCGGGGCUCGCGAACACGGGCGUCGGCGCCGUGCGCGCGUCGAACAACGGUUUCGAUUAUUCCGCGUCGUCGUCCGACGUCAAGGUCGCGCCGAACGUCGUGCUGAACUACGCCGUGCCGUCCAUCGUCACGGCGUCGACGACGACGCUCGACGUCUUCGGGAGCGGCUUCCUCGACGACUUCGCGGAUUCCGUCAUGUGCGUCUACGACGGAGCGCUCGUCGAAGACGCGUUCCACCGCUUUUCGAACCGCGUCGAGUGCGCGGUGCCGCCGGGCGGGCGCGUGGCCAACGUCACGGUCUGCUACGAGACCUCCGGGUGCGCGGAGUUCGCGCUGGACCUCGCCGCCGCGGACGCGGGGGUGUCGUUCACGGGGGCGGCGCCGGACGUCGCGGACGUCGCCGGAGGCGCGGUCGUCACGUUAGACGUCGCGAACCUGGACGCGGACGCGGCCGCGGCCUGCGUCUUUUCCGGGUUCGACGGCGGCGACGUGGUCGUCGACGCCGCCGUCGGCGACGCCGUGACCUGCGCCGCGCCCGCGGCGCCCGCGGGCUUCGGAUCGCUCGCGCUGCGCGUCUACGGCGAGACGGGCUUCGACGACGCGGCCGCCGUCGACUUCGCCUUCGCGCCGCGGCCGACGCUCGUCGCCGCGACGCCCGCGGUGCUGCCGGAGUCCGGCGGGCUCGUCAAGGUCGCCGGCGGCGACUUCGACGCGGGGCUGCCCGUCUACUGCGACUUUUCCGGGAGUUUCGAGCCCGCGUCCGUCUUGAGCGCGACGGAGAUCGCCUGCCUCGCGCCGCCGCGGCGAGGCGACGCCGACGUCGUCCUACGGGUGGGCCACGCGAAAUCGGAGCUGAGCGCCGCGGCCGUGGUGUUGGACUACUUCCACCCGGCGACGUUGUUCGCGGCGUCGCCGGCCGUCGGCGUCCUCGCGGGCGGCACGGAGGUCGCGAUCACGGGCACGAACCUCGACGCCUUCGACGCGACGAACAUCGCGCCUCUUUGUCGGUUUGGCGAGAGCACGACGGCCUACGCGCAGGUCGUCUCGAAGAACGAGAUCCGCUGCGUGUCCCCGGGCUGGGGCGAACCGGGCCCCGUGGACCUCUGGCUGUCGCUCAACGACGGCUUCCACUUCUCCCUGCUGCCCGGCGCCUUCACCUACGUCGACAAGGUCCACGUGGACUCGGCGGCGCUCCGGGAGGAUGACACGAACACAACCGUCGUCGUGGAGGGCGCCGGCUUCCUCGACGCGCCAUACCUCUCGCACUGCGUCAUCGACGACACGGUGCUCGUAGAAAUCACGGCAUUGACGGACGAUCGCGUCGAGUGCGACGUCGACGCGUCCGUCGUCGCCGCCGCGGCCGUCGUCGCGCUCUCGGCCGGCGCGUUGGACGCCGUCUCGAACAAGGCGCGCGUCGUCGCGCGCGCGCGGGCCGUCGUCGCGUCCGUCGACGUGCGCGGCGACGUCGUCGUCCUCCGGGGCGCCCACUUCCCCAACGUCGAGGACCUCGCCUGCGACUAUGGCGACGACACACACAAGGCCGCGUGGGUGUCGUCCUCGCGCGUCGAGUGCCCGCUGCCCUCCGGCGCCGAGAACGCGACGGUGGCCCUCGUCGGCGGCGGCCGCGCGGCGACGAUGGUCGCCGACGCCGCCGUGUCCGCGGCGCACCGCACGACCGUGUCGUCCGUCGAGCGCGCGACGACCGCGCGCGGCGUCGAGUCCGUGCGAGCGCUCGGCACGAACUUCGACGCGGCGCGCGAGAUGCUUUGUAUUUUUGACGGCCGCGCCUGGCGCUACGCGACGCACGUCUCCGAGAACGCCGUCGAGUGCCCGCUGCCGCCCGCGGGGACGUCGUCCGUGUCCGUGCUCAGCGAGGGCGUGCCGCGUUUGGAGAACGCGUCGCUCGCGGACGCCGCGCUCGCGGUCGGCGACGCGCCCGUCGUCGCGGCCUACGCGCCGGCGCGCGGCCCCGCCGUCGGCGGGGCGACGGUGGCGCUCCGCGGCGUCUUUGAUCUGUCGCGCGGCCUCUACUGCCACUUUGGGGGCGUCGGCGUGGCGGCGACGAUCGCGAACACAACAACAGCCGCGUGCGUCUCCCCCCCGAGCGCCGGCGAGUCGUGCCUCCUGACCUUCUCCUACGACGCGGCCGUCGCCGGUUCGGAGGGCGUCGCCUUCGCCUUCUUCCACGACGUCGAGGCGCGGUCCGCGAGCCCGGCCGCGGCGUCCGCCGCGGGCGGCGCGACGGUGACCGUCGCGGGCGCCAACUUCCCCCGGGACGCCGCCCUGGCCUGCGCCUUCGGCGACGUCGCCGUCGACGCCGUCUGGGUGUCGGCGGCGGCGGUGCUCUGCGUCGCGCCGCCCCUCGAGCCCGGGACCGUCGAGCUCCGCGUCGUCCGACUCGGCGACGCCGCGGCGGGCCCAUCCGUCCCCUUCGUCGCGCUGCCGGACCCGCACGCCAACGCGCUCCUGGCGCCGUUCGCGCCCGCGAUCGCCGGCGGAGACGUUGUUGCAGUUGCGGGCGUGGGCUUCGAGCACGCGACGGCGGAGGCCGCGUGCCGAUUCGGGGAUCGCGUGGUCGCGGCCGCGGCCGACGGCGCCUUCCGCUGCGUCGCCCCGCGGCUCGCCGCGACGGGGCACGUGCGUCUGGCCCUGUCGAACGACGGCGCCACCUUCUUCGGCGACGUGCCGCUGGCCUUCGACGCCGCGGAGCGCCGCGGCUUCGCGGAUUUGGUCGUCGCGUCCGAGACGACGGCCGAGGGGUCGCUCGUGCUGACCGUGGACGCGGACCCCGCGAGCGAUCUCGCGUGCUACGACGCCGUCACGGGCGCGGACGCCGACGUCGCCGGCGACAGCUGCGCCUUCCCGGCGUCGCGCCUGCGCGACGACGUCGUGAUCUGCGUCGUCGUCGACGGCGUCCAGUCGCGGGACCGCUGCGGCGCCCUGCGCCUCGGGGCGGCGUCGGGCGCGGCGCCCGCGACGACGGCCGCGACGCCGGCGCGCGUCGCCGCCGGCGAGGACGGCGGCGCAGAGACCGCGCGCGCGCACGGCGGGCUCUUUGUCAACUCCAAAAAGCUCUGCUGCGCCUGGGACGGCGUCCCCGCCGCCGCGACGUGGAUCUCGAGCUACGCCGUCGACUGCGCCGUGCCCGCGCGGGGGCCGGGCGUGGCCCUCUUGACCGUCGAGAACGACUGCGGGCGGCCCGGCGCAUCCGGCGCGAACGUGUCUUUUGUGGCCAGGAGCCUGCUGUCGUCGUUGACACCAUCUUCCCUCGCCUUCGAGGAGUCGGGCGCCGUCGUGCGGAUCUCCGCGAACGCCUCCGGGGAUGCCUUCGGGCUGCCCGUGGCCUGCGACUUCGGGGGGCUCGAGACGCGCGCGGACGUGUUGGACGGAGAGGUCUACUGCGCGACGCCCGCGGCUCCCGCGGGCGCGCCGCGGACCGUCGACGUGACGGUCCUCGAGCACGAGGCCAUCGCGGCGCGCUUCGAGGGCGCGGAGAUCACCUUCGCCGCCGCGCCGCGCGUCGACGCCGUGGUCCCGCGGUCCGCGCCCGUCGCCGGAUCGGCGGCGCUGACGGUUUUGGGCGACUUCCCCGGCGAAGCACCGCUCUACUGCCGCUUCGGCAACGCGUCGACGCCCGCGGCGCGCCGCAACGCGUCGGCCCUGGCCUGCGCGGCGCCGCCGGGGGUCCCGGGCGACGUCGACUUCGACGUCGGCUACAGCGCGGAUCUGCCGGCGGCCGUCGGCGCGAGCUUCGCGUACUACGAGCUCCCGCACGUCGCCGGCGUGGCCCCGGCCUUCGGCGCCGCCGGCGCGCUCGUCACGGUGACGACGACGGCGCCCCCGGGGGCGAGCCGCCCGGCGGCGGGGGCCGCGUGUGCGUUCGGGGAGACGGUGGUGGCGGCUGAUGCUUUAUCAACCUCAGAGUUCCGCUGCGCGGUCCCGUCGCUGCCGCCGGGCCUCUACGCCGUCUCCGCGGCGUUGGACGGCGCGCACUUCGCGAGUCGCGUCGACGCCGUCCCGUUCCAGGUCGUGGAGCUGCCGUCCGUCGUCUCCGCGGGCCCGACGCGCGGGCCCGCGCGCGGCGGCACGGACGUGUCGGUCUUCGGCGCGCGCCUCGCGCCCUUCGCCGCGUCGGCGCGCCUGGCCUGCGCCUUCGGUGAUCUACCAUUAACCGCGGCCGUCCGCGUCGCCGACGACGAGGUCAGAUGCCUCGCGCCGCCGGCGGCGGCGCCGGGCGCCGUGCCGUUGACGCUCGCGCUCGACGGCGCGCGCGCGGCGACGGCCGCGACCUUCGCCUACGACGCCGUCGUCGUCGUCGUCGCCGUGACGCCAAGAAUAAUCCCCGGCGGCGGCGGCACGCCCGUCGUCGUCACGCUCGAGGACGACGCCGCUCAAGGGGUCGCGUGCCACUUCGGCGACGUCGUCGUCGCACCGACGGCCGUCGCGGGCCCCGAGGUCACCUGCCCGUCGCCGAAGCGCGGCGCCGGCGCCGUCGAAGUCGCCGUGUCGCUCAACGGCGUCGACGUGAGCGAGGGCCUCACGGUAGACUUCACGGCGCCGCUCGAGGUCCACGCCGCGGAGCCGAAUCGCGGCCCCGCGGCCGGCGGGACCGUCGUCGCUCUGAAGGGCCGGGGCUUCGAGCCCAGCGGCGGCCUGGCCUGCGACUUUGGCGUUGGAACCGCCGCCCCGGCGGUCUUCGUCUCGUCGUCGGAGAUCCGCUGCGAGGCGCCGCCGUUCCCCGCCGCCGGCGUCUACCGCGUCCGCGUUCAAACCGCGGACGGCGUCCUCGACGCGGACGGCGUCGAUUUUGAAGUUGGCGGCGCGCCCAUCAUCCUCGACGUCGACGCCGUCGUCGGGUCGCCGACGGGCGGCGCGGAGGUCGUCGUGUCCGCGCGCUUCGCGGAGACGCCGACGACGGACGCGGCGUGCCGCUUCGGCGCGGACUCCGUCCCCGGCGCGUGGCUCGCGCCGGGCCGGGUCCUCUGCGUCGCGCCGCCCCAGCUCCGCGGGGCGUCGUCCCUGGCCCUGUCGACGAACGGGGGCGCCGACUAUUCGGAAAUUUCCGCCGACUUUUCGUUCGACGACGCUCCGGCGGCCUUUUCCGUGUCGCCGGCCUCGGGCUACCGCGCGUCGCGCGCGCUCCUCGUCGAGGGCGCGCGCUUCCGCGACACGGCACAACUCGGCUGCCGCUUCGUCUCCGACGAGGCGGACCCGCGCGACGCGCCCGCGAGCGCCGCGACGUACGUGUCGGCGACGAAGCUUCGCUGCGCCGCGCCCGACACGUUGCGGGCGACGACGAGCCGCGUCGAGGUCACGGUCAACGGCGUCGAGUACUCGACCCAGGACGUCUUCUACACGCGCCUCGCGCCGCCCUUCAGCGCCCGCGGCGGCCCCGCGCGCGGGUCGGAGCUCGGCGGCGCCGCCGUCCGGGUCGACGGCGUCUCCGUCUCAGAAAACACAACAACACUGGACGCGGCCUGUGUCUUCGGCACGACGGUCGCCGAGGCGCGCGUCGUCGACGGUGACGUGUAUUGCAUCGCGCCGGCGCUCGCGCCCGGGUUUUCUACGGACGUGACGCUGCGGCUGAACGGUUUGGACGACGUCGACGCCGCGCUGCCCUGGAGCUACGCGGCCUACGCGGCGCCGUCCGUCGGAGCGGUAGAGCCGUCCCUGGGAUCGACGGCCGGCGACACGUUGAUCACGGUGACCGGCGUCAACCUCGCGGCCCUGGCGCCGGGCGCGUCCUGCGUCUUCGACGGCGACGCGUACGUUCCGGCGGAGAUCGUCGGCCGCGACGCGCUCCGGUGCCUGAGCCCGCCCCUGGCGGCGGGCGUCGUCGCGCUCACCGUGGCGUCGCCGUCGACGGCGCCCCUGAGCCCCGGCGUGCCCUUUUCCGUCGCGGCGUCCCUCGCGCUUCAGGUGGCGGCGCCCGCGACGGGCCCGUCGACGGGCGGCACCUUGGUGACGAUCCUCGGCGACUUUUCGACGUUCUCGGAGCGGCCGGCCGACGCCUCCUGCGCCUUCGGGGACCGGGACGUCGCCGCCGCGCUCGUCAACGCGUCGGCCCUCGCCUGCGUCGCGCCGGCCGCGGCGGGGAAGCGGCGCGUCGCGCUCGCGGUCGUCGACGGCGGCGACGGGUCCCGGUCGUCGGCCCUCGCCUACGACUACGAGCAUCCCAUCGCGAUCUACGCCAUGACCGAGGGCCUCCAGGACGGCGCGCUCGCGGCCACGGGCGCGAACUUCCUCGACGGCGUCGGCCUGUCGUGCCGCCUCGCCGGGCGGGUCUUCGAGGCCAAGUGGAUGUCGUCGACGCUCGUCGUCUGCUUCUUCCCGCCAAAGUCGGAGCGGCCGGCGCUCGACGAGUCGACGCGCGCCGCCGUCUCGAACAACGGCGUCGAUUUCGUGGAGUUCUUCGGCGACGUCGCGGCCGCGGGCGCGGCGCCCGAACCUCCGUCGUUCGACGCCGUCGAGCGAACGCCCGCGGUCGCGCCGGCCCCCGAGGUCCUCGCCGUGUCGCCGACGACGGCGCCGGCCCUGGGGGGCACGCGCGUCACGAUCGCCCUCACGGUGCUCGCGACGGGGAGCGAACGGCUCGCGUGCGCGUUCGGCGACGAGACCGUCGACGCGUUCUUCUCGGAGGGCGCGACGGACGAGGCCUUCUGCCACACGCCGGCCCUGGCCGGCCCCGUCGCCUUUGGCUUCUCCGUCGACGGCGCGACCAUUCCCGUGCCGGCGCCCUUCGCGACGUUCCGCUUCCGGCCCCAGGCGCACGCGUCGUCGCUCGAGCCCGCGGCGGCGGCGCCCGGCGCGCUGGUCCGCGUCCGCGCGUCGAACGUCCGCGGGCCGGGCCUCCUCGCCUGCCGCUUCGGCGACCACGCGCCGGUGUCGGGGACCUACGUCGAAGAGGACGUCGUGGACUGCGCGGCGCCGGCGACGGGCGGCGCCGGCGAGGUCGCGGACGUGCGGGUCGCGGUCGACGGCCGGUCGUUCGGGACGACGUCCGCGGCCUUCACCUUCCUCGCGACGCCGACGCUUCUAGCACUCAGCCCGGCGCGCGGCUGGCGCACGGGCGGCUUUACGACGACAUUGGCGGUCUCGGGCGUGCCCGACCACGCGACGGACUGCGCGUGCCUCUUCGGCUACGCGCGAGUCGCCGCGACGUUCGCAAAUUCCACUUUAUCCUGCGCGGCGCCGGCCUGGACGCCCACGCUCCCGUCCGACGCCGUCGUCGUGGCCGCGGUGUGCGCCGUCGACGGCGCGGACGUCGCCGUCGGCCCGCCGGCCCAGCUCGAGUACGUCGACCCCGUCGAGGUCUACCGCGCGGACCCGAGUUUCGGAUCGGACCGCGGCGGCACGACGGUGUCUUUAAAGGGCGCCAACUUCCCCAACGCCGUGGACCUCGCAUGCGUGUUUGGGGAAUCAUCGGUCCCCGCGACGUGGGUCUCGUCCGUGGAGAUCGAGUGCGCGACGCCCGCGGCGCCCUUCCCGGCGACGGUCGCCGUCGCCGCGUCGCUCGGCGGGCUACGCUCGUCUCAUUCGUCCGCGUCCUUCGCGUACGUCAGCCCGACCGUCGUCCGAUCCGCGGCGCCUCUCGAGACGACGCACCUCGGCGGCGCGGUCGUGAACGUCACCGGUGACCGCUUCGACGGGAACUCCAAGACGACGUGCGACUUCGGCGGCCUUCGGGUUCCGGCGACGGUCGUCAACGCGUCGCUCCUGCGCUGCGUCGCGCCGGCGCGGCCGCCGGGGGCCAUCACGGUCCAUGUCCGCGUCUUCCGCGACGUCGUCGGCAGCUUCCCCUUUUCCUACGUCCUCGGCGAGGCCGUCGUCGCGGUGUCGCCGACGGGCGGGCCGACGACGGGCGGCGGCGUCGUUAGGGUGCGCGGCAGCGGCUUCACGACGACGACGCUGAUCUGCUUCGACGGCGUGUCGGCCCGGACGACCUUCGUCUCGUCGAGCGAGGUCCGGGCCGUCGCGCCGCCGUCGACGCGGGCGGCGGUCGCGCGCGUCGACGCCUGCGAGGACGCGUCGGCGGCGGCCGCCGAAUACGCGUACGAGCCGCGGACGCUCGUCGUCGGCGUGGACCCGCCCUACGGCCCGGAGAACGGGGGCACGUCCGUGACCGUCGUCGGCCGCUUCUCGACGGCCCACGGGCCCGUCGCCUGCCGCUUCGGCGACCGGGAGACCAACGCGACCCUUUUAAGCGACAGCGCCGUGACGUGCGCGUCGCCGCCGCGCGGCGACGACCGCGUCGCCGUCGCCGUGUCGCUGGUCUACGACGCCGCGGAGCCGCCGCUGGCGAGCGGCCACGUGUUCACGUACAUUUCGUCGGCGACGGCGACGGACGCGGCGCCGCUCGCGGCGCCCUGCGACGGCGGCACCGUCGUGGCGAUAUCCGGCACGGGCUUCGUCGACGACGGCCGGACGAGCUGCAACUUCGGCGGCUCGACCGUCGACGCCGUCUUCCUGAGCGCCACGAACCUCGCCUGCGUCGCGCCGCGCUGGCGCCGCAACGAGGACGUCGCGACCUUUUUGGAGAUCGCGUCCGAGAAGCAGCCGACGCUGAGUCGACGAUUCGCCUUCACCUACGAGGCCGUGGUCGCGACGGACCCGGGCGCCGACGGCGAGUUCCCCGUCGUCUACGCCGCGACGCCGGCCGUGAUCUUGGCCGAGGGCGGCGCGCUGGUCACGGUGGAGGGACGAAACUUCGCGCGGCACUCGGACGCCCUCGCGUGCCGCUUCGGCGACCUCGUCGCGGCCGCGACGUUCCAGGACGACGGCACCCUGACCUGCGCGGCGCCGGCGCGCAUCCCGAGCCGCGUGCGCUUACAGGUGUCCAACGACGGCGGCGGCUUCUGGAGCCCGACCUACGCGGAGGUGACGUUCGCGUCCGAGCCGUCGGUCUACGCUCUGGAACCGGCGUCCGGCCCCUUGAAGGGCGCGACGGCCGUGCGCGUCUUCGGGUCCCACUUCUUCGGAGAUGUCCUCUGUCGUUUCGGCGAUAGUCUGGCGCCGGCGUCGGUCGUGAGCGACGUGGAGGUACGAUGCGCGGCGCCGCCGUCCGACGGCCGGCGGCCGCGGAAGGUCGCGGUGGCCGUGUCCUGCGACAACGAGACGUUCUCGCGGUCGACGGCCACGUUCGCCUACGACGCGACGCCGGAGGUGCGGAGCCUGUCGCCGGCGGCGGGGCCCGGCGAGGGCGGCACGCGCGUCGUUCUGCGGGGCCGCGGCUUCAAAGACCGGCGGGAAGCCAGGUGCCGCUUCGGGCGGGACGCGACGGUCGCCGCCGUCUUCCUCUCGUCGGAGCGCCUGUUAUGCGUCACGCCGCCCCACGCGGCGGGCGAGGCGAUGCUCGAGGUGUCGCUCAACGGCGUCGACUUCUACGGCACGUUCCUGAAAUACGCGUUCGCGGAAACGCCGAAGAUCGAGUCCCUGUGGCCCCUCAUGUCCAUGGGGCAGAUCGGCGCGACGGCCGUGUCCGUCUUCGGGUCCGGCUUCCGGAACACGCUGGAGCUGGCCUGCUUUUUUGAUAAUUCGCGCGUGCCCGCGCGGUUCCUCUCCGAGAGUGCCAUCUCCUGCGUCGCGCCCGCGCGCGCGCCGGGCCUCGCGUCGGUGCACGUCACGGUCAACGGCCGCGACAUGGCGUCGAACACGCUGAAUUUGUUGUACGUGCCGGAGGUGCUCGUGACGUCCGUCUGGCCGUCGCGGGCGCUCGCGACGGCGCGCGCGCCCGUCUUCGUCGUCGGCGCCAACUUCGUCAACUCGACGGCGCUGAAGUGCGCCUUCGGCGACGUCAAGGUGCGGGGCACCUACGUGUCCUCGAGCGUCGUCGCCUGCGUGCCCCCGAACGUCGACGCGCUCGCGCGCGGCCACCGCGAGUCCGGCGGCGCGCCGCAGAUGGAUCGACGGAGCCUCCGCACGGGCGACGCGGCCGAGGACCGCGACGAGUACUCGUCGCGCGUGUCCCUGCUGCCGCGCUACGUCGAGGUGCGCGUCUCCGUCAACGGGCUCGACUACUCGGACGGCGCCGCGGCCUUUGAGUACUACGACGAGCUCGAGAAGGGGUAUUACGAGACGCUGGGCUCCGCGAAGCCUUGCCCCAACGGCACGCUCUGCCGGGGCGCCAAGCCGACGAACUUCACGCUCUGCCCGCCGGGCACCUUCCAGCCGCGGGGCGGCCAGGUCGCGUGCCUCGCCUGCCCCGUGGGCUACUACUGCCCGGAUUUCGGGCUCUCGAAGCCCGUGCUCUGCCCCGGCGGCUUCGUGUGCUCCGACCUCGGCGAGCGGGAGCCGAAGACGCUCUGCCCGCCGGGCCACUACUGCAACCCGGGGACGAAGUCGUCGGACCCCUUCGCCUUCGCGAACAACUCGGAGUACGAGCGCGACGCGGAGACGGGCGUCGUCUAUCUCGUGCCGCCGCGCCGCGACUGGCGCCUCGACCGGCGGUCUCUCCCGGAGACGGGCACCUACGCGCCGGGCAUCCACCCGCCGCGGCCCUUCGACGCCGCGCGGCCCAUGUCGAGCAGCCGCGCGGUGCUCGCGGAGCUGCCGUUCCCCUGCCCGCCGGGCACGUACUGCGCGCGCGGCGCGUCGAGCCCCGUGUCCAUCCCGGGCAACUUCUCGACGCCCCAGCGCUGCUUCGACGGCUACUUCUGCCCCGCGGGCUCCGGGAGCCCCGAGGGCGAGGGGCCCUGCCCGACGGGCCACUUCUGCCCGACGCAGAUGCUGGCCGUCGCGUGCCCCCUGGGCCACCACCUGUGCCACCACUGCCCGGGCGUGGGCAACACGUUCCCGCGCGAGUGCGUGCCCGGCACCUACAACGGUCUGGCGGGCAUGUCGAACUGUACGUUAUGCCCGACGGGCCACAUCUGCCCGGGCUGGACGCGCGUCGCGCCGGAGAUCUGCCCGGCCGGGUUCGUCUGUUCCUCGCUCGGACUCAGCAUGCCCGUGCUCACGUGCCCCGAGGGCUACUUCUGCCCCAAGGGGACGCUGACGCUGGACUCGUCGGACCCGACGGCGCACCGGCCCGUGCCCUGCGCGCCGGGGACGUUCUGCGUCGGCGGCGUCGCGCACAACCUGACGAUCCCGUGGAUCCCCGCGCGGCCCGGCGGCAUCUCCGCGCCCCAGGUCUGCACGGAGGGCACGUUCUGCCGCGAGGCGUCGCCGAGCGCCGUCGGGUCGCGGAGCUGCUACCCGGGCCACUACUGCCCGCCGGGCGUGUCCUACCCGAUCCAGGUGCCGUUGGGGUCGUUCGCGGACGACGUCGGCUACGUCGCGCCGACGACGUGCUUCCCGGGGACCUACGCGCCGUUGUCCGCGGCGCUGACCUGCUCCGUGUGCCCCGCGGGCUACUCGUGCAGUGGCUACGGCACCUACGAGCCCAAGAUCUGCGUCGCGGGCACGUACCGGAGCCUCGCGGACUCCGUGACGUGCCGCCUCUGCCCGACGGGCACCUACUCGACGUCCAACGGCUCCACGGACAUCUCGCUGUGCCUCCCCUGCCCCGAGGGCCGCGUCUGCGGCGAGCAGGGCAUGUUCAACCUGUCCGUGUCCGACCGGUGCCCCGAGGGCCACGUCUGCGGCACGGGCACGGACAGAAGCACCAUGUUCGAGCACAAGUGCCCCGCGGGCACCUACUGCGGCCUGGAGACGCUGCCCGUGGACCAGUUCGUCUACGCCUGCGACGCGGGCUACUUCUGCCGCACGGGCACGACGAAGCAGAUGCGGAACCGGGACCGCUGCGCCGUGGGCUACUUCUGCCCGCCGGCGACGGCGGACCCGGGCCACCCGGAGAUCCGGUGCCCCUACUUCACGACGACGUCCAGCGCCUUCGGCCAGACGGCCGUGAGCGACUGUUUGGUGGAGACGCAGCACAUCUGCGACAAGCGCGUGGCGUCCGAGUUCGACCCCUACGAGGAUCAACGAUACUACGCGUUCCUGAACUACACGAUCAUGGACGGCUCGGGGGAGAUCGACCAGAUCAUCGGCGGCGACGGCGUCGGCGAGAUCUCCGUCGUGGCGUCCAUCAUGCCCGUGAACGUGUCCGCCGUGUCGCCCAACUACACGGCCCCGAACUGGCGCAACGAGACCGUCGAACUUUUCCGGACGUGCCCCGAGUACGUCAAGGAGAGCGGCGGCGAGGAGAUCAUCGUCGUGGGCCGCAACUUCUACGACUCGUCGCUCCUCAUGUGCCGCUUCACGGCCUGCCGCUUCACCGUCGACGGCAACGGCCGCCGCGACCCGCGGAGCUGCGCGGUGCCGGACCGCUGGGACCGCUACUACCUGUGCUACUACUCGCCCGACGCGGAGACGGGCACCUACCCGUCGCUGCGCGACGUCGCCGACCGGUCCGUCGUGACGCCCGGGCGUUUUAUUAGUAACACGCGGGUCGCGUGCGAGGCCCCCAAGUUCGACUUCGCGGACGCCCAGAUCAUCGCGAACCAGUUCCCCCAGAGCUGCCACAUGGUCGACGGCGAGCUCCACUACCUCCAGACCUGCGCCGAGGAGGACAACGCGCGGUGCUACGUCAAGUGCGAACAGUCCCAAACCGAAGACUGCGACGACGAGGACGGCUGCGAGACCGUCGUCGGCGAGUGCAACGACGCCGUCACCGCGGCGACGCCCCACGGCUUCCGGCCCAUCAGGGACCUCGUCAUGCGCCUGACGCAGAACGAGAUGAACGACGAGCUCGCGGCGCACCCGAACAUCCGCGGGCCCGACCCGCUCUACGCGGGCGGCGCGUCCGUGAACCGCUGGAACCCGUGCUACAGCGCCGAGGUCGCCGUCGACGUCACGAACAACGGCAAGAUCUUCUCCUCGAAGCUCGACGACCCCUACGCGACCUACGUCGACGUCUCGCCGCGCUACACGCUCCAGAACACGCACCCGGAGCGCAAGGAGGUGCCGGGCUCCUGGGCGGUCAUGACCUACAUUAUUAAUUCCAAGUGGGUGCCCGACGCGGACACGAUCGCCAUGGACGUCGGCCGCUGCUCCCACAUGGACACGUCCGAGGAGGGCGACCACACGCGCGACGAGGGCUGGUACACGCUCCGGGGCCUGGAGACGGCCAUGCUCAGCUUCGACCUCCAGCAUCUCCCGAGCGAGAUGGUCUACUACGAGCACUACCGCCUCGCGAUCUACGUCGCGCCUAGCCGCUGCGACGAGGCCGAGUGCGACUCGUCGCGCGCGUUCCUCGACCCCCAGGAGAAGUACCCCUGCCGCCAGCCGCUGCUUUUACCGGAAUGGUUCAACUCGACGACGACGCCCAAGAACAUCGUCUUCAACAUGACGCUCUUCGCGCUCGACGACGUCAUCUUCAAGAUCGAGUUCCACAUCAUGCACGGCGGCUGGCUCGCGGCCGCGGCCUUUUUUCGGAACACGGCCACGGUGCAGAUCGUCACGCCGCGGCGGGCCAAGUUCGUCAACGAGUACUCGCAAAAUUUGCUCCGCGAGGAGGAGCGGAGCCGGAACCGCGAGUCGAAGAAAACGGAUUUGAUCACGGGCAAGGUGCCCGUGCGCGCGGCCAUCGGCGCGGACAUGAUGCGGCGCAAGCUGUCGCCCUACGUGUCCUUCGAGGAGCGCGACACGGAGAAGUUCUACAUUAUCGGGGUGGUCUACAACGACAACCCCGACAAGCGGGACGCCGCGCGGCCGCUGAACAUGCCGCCGCGCUACAAAGAAUACGAGCGGGGCCGGGUCCUCGUGAGCUUCAACACGACCUACGAGGCCAAGGCCGCCGUGCCCACGGUGGUCCAGAACGACCGCGACCUCAUCGUCGACUCGACGUGGUUCGACCCCUUCCAGGGCGACUACGACAUGUACGACGUCUGCGACGAGCUCGCGGGCGAGUGCGACCCGCCCGACGGCUACCCCGUGGACACGUCCGCGUCCGCGGCCCACGACGUCUACUUCGAGACCUUCUUCCGGCCGGAGAUCAACCCGGACACGGAGGACUCGUUGGACUUCAUGCAGGGCUUCAUCGAGGACAAGCACGUUUUGCUACCCUACAUGCCCUACUUCUCGAACUGCCGCGAGUGGGACUCCUACAUCCCCUUCUCGAACCUGGUGGAGAGCGACCAGUGCGCGCUGCCGCCGGACACGACGCGCAUGGCCGAGACGCCCGAGACGAAGCCGACGCCGACGAAGCGCUACUCGCACCCGCCGCUGCCCCACUUCGACUCCAUCCAGGCCGUCAAGGCCCCGGAUUUGUUCGUCCAGUUCGACAUGGUGCCCUUGGCGGACUGGUGCGAGCGCACGGUGGAGUGCACCUACGAGGAGCGCGACACGGACACGGAGGACGCGCCGCUCUGGUUCAACGCGCCCGACGGGUCCACGCUCUUCUACUUCCUCAAGCAGCCCGUGGACUACCUCCAGUACCUGGGGCGGGAGACGGAACGAUUGACGGAGCGGUCCAUCGCGGACCUGAACAACUUUGGGGGCUCGAAGAUCGUCUUCGAGCGCGGCCGCAACUCCGACGAGCUGAUUCCCGUGUCCGUGGCGAACGGCGACGGCGAGUGCGCGGACGUCAUCGGCUACGGCUGCUACCCGACGCGCAUGAUCCUGGAGAUCGGCUACAAGCAGCGCGUGUCCGACACGUGGAAGGAGAAGAACAUCAUUUUUGCCUUUUUGCAUUUCGUGGAGUUCAACACCGCGGGCGUCGAUCCCACCGUCGAGCUGCCCGAGUACACCUUACUUUUAAGCUACCACCCGCUGGACUACAUCGACCUGAUUAUCUGGUUCGCCUUCGAGACCAAGGUGUUUAUCGGCAUCUUCGCCUUCACGGGCGGCAUGACGGUGCUCGUCGGCUUCGUGCUCUGGGUUUCUGUGCGAUUAACUACCGCCCUGGAGAACCCGCCGCGGCUCCGGAUCUGGUCCAUGCUGCUGCUGAUCUCGGGCCCGCCGACGCAGGGCGUGAUCUUGGGCUUGUUUCCCAUCACGCUGGCCAUGCUGACCAUGACGGUCAUGGUGCGCCAGGUCAUCCCCGCGCACGUGCUCUUCGCGUUCCAGCCCGGGUUCCCGUUGGAGAACCGCGCGGACAGCAUCUACGCGGAGAUGAUGGCGGGCAUGGCCUUCAACUACCUCCUCUACAGCGGCGAGGGCGGCGAGAGCAUGGACCGGGGGCUGAUGCCCAUCGAGUGGAGCGACCCGGUGAUCAUCAAGGAGAAGCUCGACGCCGCGCGCAAGGGCCGGCUCGGGCUCUCGUUCAUCAUGAUGGCCAUCAUGUGCUGGUACGCGGGCUGCCGCAUGUUCCUGCCGGACCGCAUCUCCCAGCGCGAGAUCGACAUGCAGAAGCGGCGGGACCCGGCGGCGGAGAAGGAGGACAUCUGGAAGCCCAACAUGUGGAAGCGGUCGAACCUGAUCUUCUCGUCCUUCAUGAUCGGGCUGCUGUGCUGCGUCGUCUGCGAGUUCUCCUACUGGCAGUACUUCGGCACCUACAUCUGGUUCGUGAUCAUCGGGCUGCGGCCCAUCGGCCAGUUUUUAGGGGCCAUCGUGGACAACCAGUUGCAGGAAGCUUUGCUAUCGGCGCCGGUGAUGACGGCGUUCGACGUGACGUGCGGCGUCGUCACCUUGUCGUGCGACGACUUCGUCGACUUCCUCGGCGGCUAUUUCAUCGAAUUGGGCAUGGGGCUCGUGGAGCAGAUCUAUUUCGAUCCGGGGCUGGCGGACUUCCUGGAUUGGUUGUUUGAGUUCGUGGGCGGUCUGUGGUCCGCGUUUUUGGGCUCGUUGCCGAAGUGGGUCCGCGGCGGCUCCGCGAAGGUCGAGGAGAAGGUCGAGGAGGAGGCGAACUUCGCGAAGCGCGAGCUCGAGGGCGUCGUCGCCGAGGGCGGCGAGACCGUCGAGCCGAUCCUCGACGCCUACGGCGGCUACUCGACGGGCGCGAUGGCUCUAUUGUACAACGUCUUCGUGCUGCUGAUCCUCAUCGCGUACCGCAACGAGGUCCAGAUGACGAUCAUCUACAACAUUAAGAAUCUCGACAUGCUCUACUUCCUCCUCUUUUCUCUCAUUCUGAUCCCCUUCCAGUUCGUCGCGGACGUCUUCACGCUGUCGGUGCUCGAGCUCUUCCACGGGUGGAAGAUCUACGACUACCUGAUCUACACGCGGUACCGCUUCCUCCAGCGGGAGACGAAGUGGAAGGGCCUCGAGGAUUCGUUGGACGAGUGCAUCGACGAGUCCGUGCGCACGCUGGACCAGAUGUGCUUCUCCUCGCAGUACUACAUGAUGCUCACGAUCCACGUCAACGGCAUCAUGAUGUUCGUCUUCGGGAUCCAGAUGAUGCUCCAGGCGAACUACAACUUCUUCGGCGACCAGAUGGCGCCCUUCAUCGUCGGUCUGGGCUACUUUGUGUGCUGGGCCGUGGAGUGGGGCGUCAUCAAGCUCGCGCUGCUCGUGAAGCUCUGGCGCGUGAAGCACGAAAACACCGCGUGGCACACGCAGAUGCAGGAGCAGGACGAGUUCGAGAUCCCCGGCUGGGAGGACCUGAAGGGGUCGUCCCACGACGCCUUCAUGAUGAACCAGAGGAUCACGUCCGAGACGUUCCGCUUCAAGUUCUUGAACUACAACCGCGCGUGGCUCAUCAACCAGCUGCCGUCCAUACUGACGCCGCGGACGCUGCGGCGGUCGCGGCCCUACCUCAUCAACCAGUUCACGCGCAUCCUGAACCAGCUCAACCAGGACAUCUCCUCGGACUCGGAGGACGACGGCGCCAAGUUCGGGCCCGUGGCCUUGAAGGCGUCGUCGCGGCAGAUCGUGCGCUGGUGGCUCGCGCAGGCGCGGCGGCGCAUGCGCCUCCGGGAGGUCGUGCAGCCUUUGAUUUCCAAGGCGCGGGGCACGCAGUGCGAGAACUGCCUGAGCCGGCGCCAGCUCCAGGUCGAGUGCGUCGUCCCUCUCGAGGUCUUGGCGGCCCAGUUCGACGCGGAGAACCCGGACCAGGAGUUCGACCAGGUCGCCUGGAAGACGUUCUGGAUCAAGAACCAGCGCUACCGCACGAUCUGCAUGAACUGCAUCGCCAAGGCCAAGCUCGAGGAGCGCAAGGAGGCCGCGGCCGUCGCCGCCGACGGCGAGUUCGGCGACGACGACGACGACGACGACGACGGCCGGCCCAAGUGGGGGCCCGUCUUCCUCUCGCCCGCGUCGCGCGCCAUCCUCAUCAAGUGGCACCGCAUGGCGUCGACGAAGCUCUUCGGCAAGGGCGGCAAGCGCCGCGCGGCCGCGCGCGCGGAGCUCAGCGACGACGAGGGCGACGCGCCCCAGUUCAAGUCCCUCAAGCCCCUCGACAUCGACGCCGCCUCGCGGGCCAUCGCCGUCAAGUGGCUCCGCACGGCCCGCGCGAACCUCCAGAACCUCGGCGACGACGGCGCGACGAAGCGGCGCAGGCGCCGGCCCAAGAAGGGCGAGAAGUCCAAGAGCCGCAAGAGCAAGAAGCUGCCCGUGGACGCGCGCGCGGACUUGAGCGUGAGCCCCCGGAGGGACACGUGGCAGCUCUUCGAGCUUCGGAGGCUCCGCGUCGACGCGCCCGGCGCGGGCGUCGCCGGCGCGGACUUCUCCGGGAGGCGCGAGUUGUCCCCGGAGACGUCGUGGGUCGCGGGCGUCCAGGGCGUCGUGCAGUACUCGACGCGGGCGCCCGCGUACUUUUUCGGGUUCGGGUGCCGCCACGUCGGGAAGACGAACUCCUUGUUGCCGACCCACGCGCCGGGGUCGUUCAGCGUCAGCGACGCGAGGCCCGAGAUCGUGCUCCCGCCGAUCUCGCUGCCCUCGUCGCGGUCCCGGAAGGAGUGGUGGAAGACCAUGCCCGGCGGCUCCUCCGGGUCGCCGAGCAUGGUCGAGGACUCGGGCCGCUCCCGCGCCGCGCUCAUGGACUGCUCGCGCCGCUCCGCGGCGGCGCCGCUCAUCUCCUCGAAGGUCUUGCCGUAG